GAAGUAUACUUAUCGACACCCCCGUGUUCGCGGUGAGAUGUAACCUUCCAUGGUGCGCGAUACUCCUGCUUGUCCCUCUUUGUCCGGUGGCGAUAGAAGGCCAUGAUAAUUAUGGCAAAAUUUGCGUUUUUGAAUGAAUUAUAGUUGAAUGGUGGAUCAACAAGCAUACACCGUGUGAGGACUGGUUUGCUGGCAAUGACACACCAGAGAGUUUCAAUUUAAAGGACAGCAGAGCAAGCAACGGAGAAAGGGUACAGUUUGCUUCCAAGACAGUCUGCAAGAUGGCUAGCUAUCUUCAGUGGCAUGCUAACGUUAGCUAGCCAGCUAAUGUUAGCAUAGUAAACAACAGUUUUCAAAACAUGGUCGAUUGCUUUAUCUUAUAAAUGCUGUGAUAAGUGGAAUUAAAUGCACGUGUUCACAAAUGACUGUAGAGGGAGAAAUAACAGUUUCGGAUUAAUGUUCUAGUGUUGCCGCUACUGGGUGAAAUCUCAACGCUGCUAGCUAGCCACAUUGAGUAACGUGGCUAGCUAGUUAGCCAAGGUAGUAACUAGCUUGCGUUAGCUAGCUGGUCGACUUCUUUGCUACACAUCUGUAAGUGAUCAUUCAUAGAGGGAGGGGGGUGCUCUGUAACUUGCUUGUGCUGGCAGUCAAGCCAGGUAGCAAGCAACCAGUUUGACUCAGCCAGUAGGAACUGGAGACGAACUUGUGCUAAAUAACGUGAACCAGCUCAGUUUUACCUGACGUUUAUUUGGUGACCAAAUCCCAGCGUGACAGACACCGUGGCGAAAGAUUUGCAGCUGUAAAGGAGUUUGCAGACCUGGGCCGGCGUUAUUAUAUAAUGUACGUGUUAGUUACUGCUGUGAUGAUAACCAUUUUAACGUUAUUGACAUGACCUGAAGGCAGAAUCCACCUACUCGGCUCAUAGCCUUCAAGACGUCGUCAUUUUUAACUUUUUUUUUCUUGCAUAUGCACGGUGAUAUGCCACUUCACCGACAGUCAUAUUAGCUAAUGGCUGCCGAAUCGGGGAGACUACUGGCGGGACACGGAAAACGAAGCAAAGCUUCACAGAUGAAGAGCCCAGAGAAGAAAAAGGCGAGGAAAUCCACCAACCAGGCGGCAGGGUUCUCCCACCUCACUGAGUUUGCACCCCCUCCUACCCCCAUGGUGGACCACCUGGUCGCCUCCAACCCCUUCGACGAUGACUUCGGGCCCCCAUCCCGACCCAGUGGGGCAGGUGGUCCAGGUGGUGCUCCAUUUCUUCCCAGCCCAGGCGCAGGUGGAGGAGGUGGGUAUGGCGGUGGAGGCAGAAUGGGCGGAGGCAUGGGUUUCAUGGGAGGCCCGGGAGGACCAGGUGGUGGCCAGCCUGGACGGAGGCCACCGUUUGGCCCUCCAGCCAACGCUGGACCUCACCACCAGCUAGGCUUUGGAGGAAUGCCUGGCUUUGGAGGUGGCGGUGGGGGCGGCAGUGGGGGAGGAGGAGGGGGUGGUGGAUUCCCCCCUGGUGGCCCUUCUCAGUUCAACAUGCCACCAAACUUCAGUCCACCCAUGCACCCGGGGCCAGGAUUCAAUCCCAUGUUGUCUCCGGGGGCUAUGGGAGGUCCCGGAGGAGGGGGGCCACCCCACCCUCGGUUUGGCAUGCCUCCACAGCAGCAGCAUGGACAGGGUGGACACCCAUUUAACAGCCCACCAUUACCUGGUGGUGGAGGCCCCAGGGGGCCCCCACACGGCCCCCUGCCUCCCAUGGGAGGAGGCAUGGGUCCUGGGAUGAACAUGAUGGGUGGAAUGGGUGGUGGGCCCGGGGGCAACAUGGUGGGAGGGUUACCAGGUAUGCCCCCUCAAGGACAGUUCCCUCCCUCACAGGAUGGGCCCUACCCUGGCCCCAGUCCACCAGGGCCAGGCAAUGAGGACGGAAAAAACUUUGGUGGAGGAGGAGCUCCACCUGGGCCUCAGCAGCAGCAACAACAGCAGCAGCAACAGCUUAACCUAAAUCCCAAUGGCCCCCCUCCUAAUAAUACAACUCCUGGCCCUCCUCCUAACUCCGGCCCACCCCAGCCAGGAGGAGGCUUCCCUGGCCAUCCCGACGUCCAGCAGCCCAAUGCCAAUACACCUGGUCAGCCUCCAUCAGCACCGCCGCAGCCUAACCCCAACUCUUCUCCUACUGGUCCCCUGAAUGGAUCAGGCCAGCCCCAACAUCCACCACCCAGUCAGCUACAACCCCCCAGCAAUACAAACACCCCCAACUCUAACAACUCUACCCAGCAGCAGCAGCAACAAUCCACUCCACCUAACUCUGCUCCCGGCUCAACCCCGUACAACCAGCAGAACAACACUCCCGGUGCUGGUGGUCCCAUGCCAAACGCGGCCCCCAAUUCGGGUCAGAACAACAUGGCCAACAACAACGGAGGCAACACUCCAGGCAGCAACCCCAAUCCCCCAUCUAACUCCACUUCGACCCCAAACACCCAGUCUCCCCUGCCCCCUGGUCCCGCUGCCCCCUCGACUGGGCCCGGCUCUGGCCCUGGAAAACUCGGCGGCCCCGGGAUGGUCUUCCCCUGCGGCCUCUGUAUGGCAGAGGUGCAUGACGAUCAAGACGCCAUCUUGUGCGAGGCAUCGUGCCAACGCUGGUUCCACCGUGACUGCACAGGCCUGACAGAGCCAGCAUACGGGCUGCUGACUCGAGAGAGUGCUGCCGUUUGGGCCUGUGACUUCUGCAUCAAGACCAAGGACAUUCAGGCUGUGUUUGUGCGCCAGGGAUUAGGCCAGCUGGUGGCAGCUAAUGAGAGUUGAGGAGUGGAUGACAAAGAACAGCAUGGAGGUGCAUCAUAAAAGGACAAACAAAGACAUUCUUUGCUUUGAUCUAACUGAAUGACCUGUGUGUCAUGUCAGCUACUUGCCCAACUUUCUCUUGACUAGCCCUUUACUUGUUCACUACACAGAAACUCACUCAUUGACAUUCAUGCUUAUAUAUAGCACUUUGAGUGACUCUUGGUAACUGAUUUUUCUCCCCCUCCCCCCUAAAGGAGUCAAAUCAUGAUGAAUGUUAAAGUUCACAGUCCUUCAAGACAUUUAGCCUGCCAACCAGCAAAGCACUGACACCAACACACUACCUCACACUUUGUGACUGACUGGCACGGACGCUCUCGCACUGACUGUGAUUGACACGCCACACUCAUGCACCACAUGACUAUAGUGAUAUUUGAAACACAAUCCAGUGGAGAAAGUACUGUUGAACUAUUCCCUUGCUGUGUAUUGACACAAUGACUCAAAGCAUCAGCGUUACUCUGAUUUUUGUGGCUUUAAAUUAAAACAGACAUGAUAUAUAAAAUUUUAAAAUUGAAAAAAAAAAAAAUAAUAAUAAUUUAAAGAGUGCCUGAAAAUCUGAAAGGGACUUGGGUUUCAUUCAUGGAUUGAUUCACAGUUUUAUUUGCCAUCAAAAUGCUUCAUUCUAGCACUGCCCUGUCACAUUGUUAGCCUUUUUACUGCAAGGAAUUUAAAGAAAAUGGAAAAAAUACUUCAGUAUAUUGCAGCUUAGAAUCUCGAGUGUUUGGGGAGAGAAAAAAACAGUUUUUAACUCUUCUUCCUGCUCUCUCACACACACACACACAUACACACACUUCUGCCACAUACAUCUUGUUUCUGUCAUUUUGUACCUAGUGCUGAUUAAUCCAAAGGAGACCCUGGCCGAGACUUCAUCCACACC